AUGCCAAACUUUUUCGUCCAGUUUAUGAGCGUUAUUAUGAUUUAUAUGGACGGUUCAGACGCAGAUCAAAUUGAUUCAUUGACGUGGUCUACAGCCACAUUCAAUCAAACAGCAACAUAUCUUAUUUUUAUUCAUGGCCAAAUCUCACAUUCAAAAGUAAAAUCAGAUUUGGAGGCGCAAAUUUUAAAGAAAUUUGAAUAUAUCGAAAUACUUAAUGCAACAUCUUGUACAGUUUAUCCAGAAAUAUUCCGUGAAACGUUUUCUGGUAACUCGGAUUUAAAAAACUUUUUUGUUAUUGGAAUUAUUGGCGAACAAAGCGGUGGAAAAAGCUUCUUAGUUAACAAAGUGUUUGGAACAAAAAUUGCUGAAUCAAAAUUUAAAUGUACUACAGGAAUUUUAGCUACUCGAGUAAUUGUGAGUGAUCAUGAAAAUGUAAAAAAUAUUGUUGUUCUUGAUACGGAAGGUCUUCUGGAUAGAUCGAAGAAAGAUGCUGAAUCACAAAUAUUUGAUCGUACAACCGUUCUUGAAGUAAUGGCUCGAUCUCAUGUGGUUUUAAUAAAUAUUCCCAGAAAUGUUAACAAAACAAUGCAACAAAUAUUAGAAAUUGUUAUGUAUGGAUUAAAUAAAUUACAGAUCACAAACAAACAAAAACUUAUUUUUCUAUUCCGAGAUCAAGAUCCUAGAACAAUGAGCAAAGCUGGACAACGAAACCAUGUUGGGGAAGUCAUGGACGACAUUAAACUUGCUUGUGAAAAAGUUAAUUUUAACGUCCAAAAUCUUAUCAAUGGAUAUGAUACUCAUGAAUUUCCUUCACCAUUUGUUGAUUUCGUUAUUGGUGAAAGAGAAGUAUCAUUUUUCAGUAAUAGUUUUUGCCAAAAAGCUUUGUUAUUACGGCUGAAAAUUAUUAAUCAAAUUUUACAUGAUAUUGAUGGAAAACUUGAUGCUAAAAAACAAUUUCUUGCUGAUGAUUUAGCUAAUCAUCAGUUGACUGAUGAAAAGAAAAGUUUGACGAGAAAGCACAAUCUGGAAUCAUUUCCAGAAGCUUUAUGGGACAAUACAAUAUCAAGAAUAAAAUCUUCCCUAGAUCUGUAG